AUGCCCAAUGCAAAUGAGGCACAUAAGAAAAGUAAACCAAACGACGCUGCUUAUAUAAAUAAUGAUAGCACGGAUAAUGGCUAUAUUAAUGAGAACAAACAUGAUCCAACCAUAUAUAACAAUCAUAUAAAUAAGCAAAAUAGUAAUUCUAAUAUGGAGAUAAAUUAUAAUAGACAAAAUGAUGAGAAUGGAGAAUGCUCAAGAGAUAUAAAUAAUUACAAUGAUGUAAAGGAAAAUAAUUGUGAUGAAUGUAAUGAUAACAAUUGUUGUAAUUCUCAUAAAGACUGUUAUGAUGAUGAUAAUAAUAUUGAUAUGCUAAAUGAUGAAGAAGAAAAACAUUUUUGUAAUGUUUGUUUUUCUUUUUUAUAUUAUAAAAAAUAUUGUUUUUAUGAAUUGUUAAGAAUAUAUAGAAAUUUAUGUAUGUUAAAUGAAGAAGAAAAAAAUUUAUUAUCAGAAUCGAUUUAUUGUAAAGUAUAUAAAAUGUAUCUAGCUGUUUUGAAUAAUUAUUAUUUUAUAUUAAAUAUAUUAUUACCACAAAUUUCAACACCUAUUAUACUUAAUUUAUUAUCCUAUACAUUUCAUAAAGAUUGUGAAGAAAAUAAUAUAGAUGAUGAUAUUUGUUGUAAUCAUAGUAAUUUGAACAAUACCGGAAACGGUGCAUUUAACAUGGGUCAUAUAAACAUAGAAAAACAAGCCAACGAUAAUAACAUAAGGAAAAAAUCAAGAGAAGAAAUUAUAAUAAAUACAAUAAUAGAUAAUUUAACAGAACAAGAAAAAGCUAACAUUGAUAAGAUAUACAAUUAUAACAAUUUAGAUGCAAGACUUUUAUGUAAAGAUGAUCCAUUAACAAUAUUAAAUGAAAUAAAAUCUAAAAUCAUGAAUAAAAAAAAAGAUUGUGAUAUGCUUAAAUUAUUUGAUAAUCAAUCUGAAUUAUUAUUAUCAGAUGAUAAUAGCCAAAAUAAUAAUGAGCUUACAAAAAAACAGGAUGUGCAAUAUAAUGAAAAUUCGAUUUCUAUAAAUACUGAACAUAUAGAGCAUCACGAAGAAAACGAAACUAGCAAAAUAAAUAAAAAGGAAACAAAUUUAUCAGAAAAUAAUACUUUAUUAAACGAUGAAAAAAAUAAUGCAACCACGAAUAGUAAUGAUGUAAAUCUUAAGAAUCAAUCAGAAAAUAUUUCUAUUUCUAUUAACAAAGAAGAAUGUGAUAAUAAUGAAAAAUCUGAACAUAUAUCACCAGGAUUAAGAAUUACAAAUAUGUAUUCUCCAUCUCUUGAUGAAUAUUCAUUAAUACAAAAUAUGAGUAAAGUAAGAAGCACGUUAAGGCAAUUUGUUCGUGACUGGUCUAUUGAAGGUAUAGAUGAAAGAAAAAGUGCAUAUGAACCUAUUUUAAAAAGUUUAGAAAAAUACCUUCCAAUAACAGAUAAUUAUAUACCCAAAAUAUUAUGCCCAGGAUCAGGGUUAGGUAGAUUACCAUAUGAAGUAGCAAAAAGAGGUUAUAAAAGCCAAGGGAAUGAAUUUUCCUAUUUUAUGCUUUUAUCAUCUAAUUUUAUUUUAAAUUAUUAUAAUCAAAAAGAAUCAUUACAUAUUCAACCAUAUUGUAUUAAUACAUUAAAUAGAAAAAAAAGAGAUGAUCAUUUGAAAAUUAUUAAUUUACCAGAUGUUAAUACAUAUAAUAAAGAUGUAUUAAAUUCUGAAUUUUCAAUGUGUGCUGGUGAAUUAGUUGAAGUAUAUUAUGAUGAAAAAGAGCAAUUUGAUGGAAUAUUAACAUGUUUUUUUUUAGAUACAGCUAAAAAUAUUUUUAUUUAUAUUCGAACAUUUGCAAAUAUACUUAAACCAAAUUCAUUAUGGUCAAACAUUGGUCCAUUAUUAUUUCAUUAUGCUGAAAUGCCAAAUGAAAUGUCUAUUGAGCUAGCAUGGGAUGAAAUCAAAUUUAUUAUCUCAAAAUGGUUUACUAUUGUAGAUGAGCAAUGGAUAGACAAUUAUUAUACUACAAACAUAGAUUCAAUGAUGCAAGUACAAUAUCAUUGUAUUUUUUUUAAUGCCAUUCGAAAUGAUAUGCCUGUUGAGGGCUAA